AAUAUACUUUUAUAGGAGCGCAUUUUAAUACAUAUGUAUAGAGUUUAAUGGUCCAGUCAUCUUCUUACGUGUUUCUUGUUUUUUACAUCUAUGACGCGGACAGCCGCUUGACAAGUGAGUUUGUUUUAUGCGAGUGCGCGCGCGUAUAAUAUUCAUUAAUUGCACUUGGCUGUUAACCCAACGUAUUAAUUUCAUGGAAAAUAUCGCGCAUAUGACAUUUCGAGAUUGCAGUACAACGGACGAAGCUGCAUUCGAAGAUCUCGAAAAAUCUAGAGUAUAAAAUGAAGCCUUUGAUCGAAUUCGAAGAAUGUUUACGAGAUACUCCGAAGUUUCGAUCCUGUAUCGAAGAGGUGGAGAAGAAUAUAGAUCAACUUGAACAAAAACUAGAUAAGGUAUUAAAGAAUUGCAGUCUAACCAUCGACACUGGGAAAGCCUUUAUUGGACAACAAAAUCAAUUUGCUAAUAGUCUGUGGGAGUUAUCUAUGUACUUUAGCGAUGAUCCUGAGAUAAUGGCAUUCUUAAAUAAACUUAUUCAUGCUUUACAAGAAAUGAACAAGUAUCAUACUAUUUUGUUAGACCAAGCUUCUAGGACUGUGAUGAAAGAUCUUAAUAACUUUAUUAAAAGUGACAUCAAGAGAGUAAAAGAGUCUCGGCAUUAUUUUGAAAGAAUUUCUGGAGAUCUUGAUAUUGCACUAAAUAGAAACUCUCAAGUACCGAAAUCUCGGCCUGCAGAAUAUGAGGAAACUUCGAAUAUCCUAUCGGCCACUCGAUCGUGUUUUAGACAUACUGCAUUAGAUUACAUUCAUGUACUGACGAUGCUGCAAGCACGCAAGCGACAUGAAAUAUUAGGCACGUUACUGAGUUACAUGCAUGCAUGUAUCACUUAUUAUCACCAAGGUAGCGAUCUCGCUCAGGAUCUAGAUCCAUUUCUGAAAGAUCUCAGUGAAAACUUAGUUAAGAUGAGAAGUGAUUCGAAUAAGCUUGAAAAGGAAAUGGAAAAUCGACAUAUAUAUGUUAAUAAUCGAGAUCUGAUCCCUUCUCCAAUACCUGGCAAUCCUAAAAUGGAAGGAUAUCUAUUUAAAAGAACUAGUAAUGCUUUCAAAACUUGGAAUAGGAGGUGGUUCUGCUUGAAGGAUCAUCAAUUGGUAUAUCGAAAACGAACAGGUGACGAAGACUAUACAAUUAUGGAAGAAGAUCUACGAUUAUGCACCGUAAAACCUGUGGUCGAUUGUGAUAGAAGGAACUGCUUUGAAGUUUUAAGUCCGACAAAAAGCCACAUGUUGCAAGCAGACAGCGAAGAAACAUAUUUAGCUUGGGUGACUGCGAUGCAACAAGCUAUUGGUGCUGCCAUUCAGAGAGGUAUGAGUAUAGGUACUGCCGUUAAUCCACAUGAAUCGCAGUCGCGCAAUAACAAGGGUCCCGUGAGACGAUUAACAAGACCGAAAUCGAGAGUAUGGGAACAGUUAUUAAAGAUCUCAGGUAACGAGGUUUGUUGCGAUUGUGGUGAUGUUAACCCAAGGUGGGCUAGUAUCAAUCUAGGCAUUACACUUUGCAUAGAAUGUUCUGGUGUACAUAGAAGUCUUGGAGUACAUUAUAGCAAAGUUCGCUCCUUGACUUUAGAUGAUUGGGAACCAGAAAUAUUAAAAGUGAUGGCGGAAUUAGGUAAUUCUGUUGUAAACAAUAUAUAUGAGGCUCUACCUGCACCUUCUGACAUUACUAAAGCUACACCAAAAUGCAAUAGUAAUGUUCGGGAAACUUGGAUAAAAUUGAAGUAUAUAGAUCGUAAAUUUGUGAAACCUUUGACUGACAUGAUACCAACUGGGCAUCACGCUAGUCGAGAGCAAACGCAUUUUCGAAAAUGGAGCGUGCGUAAGUUGCGUCGUAGACCGCGCAGUUGCGAUAAGGUCGAUCGUAAUAAUUGCAAUAAAACGUCGACAUUGUUAUCCGUAAAGGAAGGUCAUCAUUCAACGAGUUCAGAUGAUAGCAAGCACACAUCGAUCGAUAGUUUGAAUUCCGUUGGAAAAGCAAAGAAGACGGAACGAAAUUCAAUAAGCUCGGAUGAUAGCGCUAACGUAGAUUUAAAAAAUAACUCCACUCUUUAUGGAAAGAUCUUGAAUCGUUCGCAAAACGAUCUGAAUGAUGGUAAUAAACAUAUUAAGAAUACUACAACUUGUGGAGAAGGUACUAGCGACGAAUCGAUGCAAGAUACUAAUCUGAUAGAAAGCGAACGAAAAGUAAAUGUAUCAACAACCGAUACUAACACGCUUUCAACUGGCGAAUUGGAUGACAAUUCCAGCAGACAUACCGAUGAUACCAAAGACGAUAAUAAAAACAUUUCGGAAAAUACAGAGCUUAAAUCAGCGAAGCAUUGCAAUGAAAAAACAGAAUCGGAUAUAUUAAUGUUUGGUUGCGACGUACCAAAACCGAUUAUAGAUGGCAAUCUAGAAUUGAGCUCUGAUCAAGAUUCAACAGCUGGUGAAGAUGAAGAAUUUACCGCUGAAGAAGAUAUUGAAAAUCUGCAUCCUGACAUACUGCUUUACAAAGCUGCAUUGGCACACAAUUUGCCCGUAAUGUGUGCAGCAUUGGCGGCCGGUGCUGACAAAUUAUGGUCCAAUGUUAAUGAUAAAAACCGCAAUGCGUUGCAUCAAGCCAUAAUAAGUGGCUCUGUCAUGUCAUGUGAAUAUCUUCUCUUGAAUGGCGCUCGAAUCAAUUGUCAAGAUGCCGAAGGAAAAACACCGUUGCAUUUAGCAACAGAAUUAGGCCAUACUGCACAAGUAUGCUUGCUUCUGAAACAUCGCGCCGAUCAGCACAUCGAAGAUGAAAGUGGAAUAAAACCCUUGUCGAUUGCUGUAAAAGAAGCAAAUGCUGAUAUUGUUACCUUGUUACGACUUGGCCUUCUAAAUGAAGAAAUGAAAGAUUCCGAAAUAGGCGUCACCGGUGAUGAAACAUUCAAUGACGUUGUUCGUGAUUUCAGUCAGUUGGCUUGCUCGCAUCCAGAACGACUGCAACGUCGAAAUGAAAGCACAAAUCUGCAACAUAUGUCUGAAUGAGGUUUAUAUAUUUUCAUAUAACUAUUCACAAAGACAUGGACGGGAUACUAUUAAGAACCCCUUGUCAGCCCUAGGUCACUAAAUCCCAUAAGAUCGGUUCUUAAUGAUCUUAUCGGUGACAAAUAUUAACGUGUGCGAACAAAUAUCUGGUAUAUUAAAAAUGCAAAAGUUCAAAUUGUCGCAAAGUAGUGAUCAAUCAUUACAUAAAUAUUAAUGAAGAUUUGAUAUCUAGAAUCAAAAAUAUCACCAAAUAUAUUAAUUUUUUUAUUCAUGUAGAAAACUAAUUAUUUCAACAUUUAAAGUAAUCCCAUUAUAUUAUCACAAUUUCUGAGAGAUAUAAUCUUUAUUAUUAUAAUAUCCUUAAGGAUAAUUUAUGAAUUAUAAAGUUUUAGUUCCUUUUCAUUUAUAAUUUUUCACUUGAAGAAUAUAAAGUAAGAUUUCAUAAAAAUUGCAUGCAGGAUUUUAUAUUCAUUACUUUAUGGUGGUAAAAAAAAAAGAACAUCUCUUGUAAUUUGUUGUUAAUUGCAUAUCUUGCACGAGAUAUUGCACAACUUCUUCAAAAUACCCAAGAGCAAAUAUAAAAUAUCAAUGCAGAUAAUAUGCAUUACAUAUGAAAAUACAUAUAAAUAUGUUAUAAUAUUUUCCUGAGUCGCGUUACAUCGAAAAUUUUGUUAUAUGAUAAAUGUUGAAAAUUAUAUAUAUACAUAUAUAUAAUGGCCUAAUGAAGGAUAGAAUUCUAAGACAGAUUUUCUUAUGCAUAUAUCUUUAUAUUUUCAUAUACCAGUAUGAUUAUUAUUUGCGAUUUAAUUGAAUGAAGUUGUUCUACAAAUCAUGUGUAGAGAGUAGCAUGACAAGAAUAUAAUGAGAAUCAUCAUCUCGUUAUAAACAUAUAGCGUGUUAAUGUAGCUUGUUAAAAUAUCGCAGUGUAGUAUAUAAUAAGCGUAUUAUAUAAUUAAUUAUAAAAGCUUUUCAAAAAAGAUAAAAUAUCUUUUUGUGUAUCUUUAUUAUUAAUCUAUAUGUUAUAUAACGAAGCAUAAAUGUAAGAGAAGUGGUUUUAUUGUCAAAAAUUUCCAUAUGUGUACAUAUAAUAUGAAAAAUCUUGAUCUGAUUAAUUCCUAUAUAUUUUUUAAUAUAAGCAAUUCAAUUUUAUGUAGAAAAGAAUUGUACAAUGCAAUUGCACAGGAAUACGAGAUAUAUUAUGAAACUAAAGAAAUUAAUUGAAAUUUUAAUCAAACAUACAUUUCUUGACUUAUCAAGAGAAUAGACAAUGCAAUAUUAUUUGCAUGAUAGUAUAUAUACAUAAAUAUUUGCCAAUGUUUUGUAUUAUAUAUAUGCAUGUUUUUUUAUGCAUUUAUAUUUAUAAUUAACAUAAUAGUGUGUAAGUAGGAUAGAUAAUAUGCGCAAACACAUUCCUAGUACUGUAUCAAUUUUUGUGUAACAGUUACAUAUGAGAAAACAAUCCUCAUUUAUAUUGUUUAAGCUGUUAUACUAAAUGGUGCGUGUUAUAGAUAUUAACAAGUGUUUUAAUUAAGAGAAAGUAAUUUAUAGUAAUUAUUGUCUUAAUUCAAACUCUUGUUUUUAAAAAGUAUUAUGAAUGGUCGAUAAAAAUGAUGCAACUUUUUGGCAUUUAAUGUGAUCUUUGACAUGCGAUCUUUGACAUUUAAUGUGAUUUGUUUUACUGAUUUAUUUGUAUUUACUACACAAUGUGGUAAAAACGCUUGAGCCGCGCAAUAAAGAAAAAGAAAACCAAUUAAUAUGGAUAAAAGAUAAAUACACAUUUUAAAUUUUGAUAAAAAUAUAUAGCAAUAUGACGCGCAAUUUAUAUAUUUAUACACACACACACACACACACAUACAUACAUACAUAGUGACUUUUACAAUUUGAUAAAAGAAUUUUAUUGCAUUGAUCUUUCUAUUACUUUAUAAAUAUUAUAUAUACCUUUUCAUAUAUAUGUAUUUAAUGAAAAAGAGUUUUCAUACUA